CCCUCAGUGAAUGCUGAAUAAAUAGCAGCAGGUGUUCAGCUGGUGAAGCACAGCAACAGACAGGUGAACAGGUGACAAUGCUGCUGGUGGUGGUUCUGUUUGGCAUCUGGCUGAACUCGGCCUCAGCUGCAAAGCUGGGGGUGGUGCAGACAGAGGGGGGGCAGGUGGAGGGGAAGAGCCACAGGAUGGGACUCUUCAGGAGCGUCGAUGUCUUCAAAGGAAUCCCCUUCGCUGAUGUCCCCGGAAAGUGGGAGAAACCAAAACCUCAUCCCGGAUGGAGCGGGAUCCUGAAGGCCACAAAGUACCGGGAUCGCUGCCUGCAGGUGACUCUGCUGCAGACCAAAACCCAGGGCAGUGAGGACUGUCUCUACCUGAACAUCUUUGUUCCACAGGGACGAUCACUGUCGACCAACCUCCCGGUGAUGGUGUACCUGUUCGGCGGCGCUUUCCUGUUGGGGGCAUCCAAUGACGUGGCGAUCCUCGGAGACUCUCUGUACGACGGGAAGGAGAUGGCCGACAGAGGUGGGGUCAUUGUCAUCACGGUGAACUACAGAGUCGGGACGCUGGGUUUCCUCAGCACCGGAGACGCCCGACUGCCAGGUAACUACGGCCUGUGGGAUCAGCAUGCCGCCAUCUCCUGGGUCCGCAGGAACAUUGAGGCAUUUGGAGGAAACCCCGACAACAUGACCAUCUUUGGCCAAUCAGCCGGCGCCGCCAGUGUCAGCUACCAGAUGCUGUCUCCCUACAAUAAAGGGUUAUUCCGCAGAGCAAUCACACAGUGUGGUGUUGCCCUCAGUCCCUGGGCUCUGCAGAAGAAACCCAUGGCUCUCACCAAGAAGAUUGCCCGUAAGGUUGGCUGUUCAAGAACUGACGUGGAUGAGAUGAUAACAUGUCUGAAGAUGAGCGACCCGGUCGGUCUCACCAUGGCAGGAAAAAUUGACGUGCUGCUUAUUCUCGGAAAAGGUGUAGUCAUGGAUCUCCUUGAAUUUGCUCCGGUGGUUGAUGGUGAUUUUAUCCCUGAUGAGCCCAGUAAGCUGUUCCACAACGCCGCUCAGUUUGAUUAUAUGGCUGGAGUCAACAGCAUGGAUGGACACAUUUUUGCUGGAGUGGACGUUCCUUCAAUCAACCAAAAAAAUGGCAACACCACUGUGGAUGAUGUGAAGGGUCUGCUGGUUGGUCUGACUAAAGAGAAGGGGAACGCUGCUGUCAGCUCGGCCUACAGCGUUUACUCGGCUCACUGGGGGUCGGCUCCGGAGCCGGCGGUGGUGAAGAAGACAGUGGCUGACAUCGAGACUGACUUCCUGUUCCUGGUUCCAACUCAGAUCGCCCUCCAACUUCACGCCAACAACUCCAGUGGAGCUCGUACCUACUCCUACCUUUUCAACAUGAAGACCCGUAUCCCAGGAUUCCCUCGCUGGGUGGAGGCGGAGCACGCCGAGGACCUGCAGUACUUGUUCGGUAAACCAUUCUCCACCCCGCUGGUCUACUUUCCCCGACACCGAGACCUGUCUGGGUACAUGAUUGCAUACUGGACUAACUUCGCCAGGACCGGUGAUCCCAGUAGAGGCAACAGUAAAGUCCCAGUUCCCUGGCCCCCCUUCACCAAAAACCACCGACCUUACCUGAUCAUCAAUCACAAAAUCAGCAAGUCCUCCAUCAGCUACGACCUGAGAUCGGACUACGUCACCUACUGGACUGAAACCUACAGCAGCCUACCGACAAUAAAGAGAGAAGAAGAAGACGAGAAGGAAAAAUGAUCCGACAGAGUCUGACGGACUCAGUCUGAUGCUGCUCUUUAUUUUGAAUACUGAUAAUUACAAAUCACUGGAAUUAUUUCUAGAUGUAUGAAUGACUGCAGAUAGAAAACAAAGAUUACAAUAGAUAAAGAUAGAAAGGAAUAAACCAACAAAAUAAUUAAAAUCUGUAUCAGUCUGAGGAAA